AGAUUCAAAGAAUCAAAUACUGCUUUCAUUGAUUCAUCAGAAAAUUCCACGCACCAUCGUCAUUGUCGUCCUCUCUCUCCUCUCUACGAUCGAAACCCUAGCAAUCCAAUUUCGACUUUGAGAAGGAAAUCCCUACUUUUGAUGGCGUAAAGCUAUACGAAUUUCAACGAUUUAGGGUUUCUGAGGAAUCUAAGAAAGGGGCAGAGCACGGGAGAGAAGAAACAAUGUCAACGGAGACCACCGGGAAUUCAUCACCGCACCCGUCAUCGUUUUUGACUCGCCAUCCUUCCUCUGACGCAAUCGAUUCGACGCCUUUACUUCUGAACGGCGGAAGCAAUAAUGGAGGCGCCGGUGGAGGUGGCGGGAACGGUCAAACGAGCGGCCGCGGAGGCGGAGGUCGGCGAUCCGUGAGGAGGCAGGGCUUGAGAGAGGCAGCGAGUUUUCUCCGGCGAGCGAGUAGCGGACGGAUGAUGCGGGAGCCGUCGAGGUUGGUGAGGGAGACGGCGGCCGAGCAGCUGGAGGAGAGGCAGAGCGAUUGGGCGUAUUCGAAGCCUGUGGUCGUGCUCGACAUCCUGUGGAAUCUGGCGUUCGUCUCCGUCGCUGCGGCUGUUCUUGUGCUGAGCCGCGAUGAGAAGCCAAACAUGCCGCUUAGGGUCUGGAUCGUUGGGUAUGCGUUGCAAUGCGUCCUGCAUAUGGUUUGCGUGUGCGUGGAGUAUAGGAGAAGAAGGGCUAGGAGCCAGCGUUCCCAGUCUUCGGCAUCGUCUUCUUCAUCUUCUUCCAUUGAUGAAGAAGGUUUGCCUUCAACCAGGAAUUCAGAGGAAAGGUACUUGACAUUGGGGCAGUAUGAGCAAGAAAACAACAGCAGUGCUGCAAAGCAUUUAGAAUCUGCCAACACGGUGUUUUCAUUCAUUUGGUGGAUCAUUGGAUUUUACUGGGUAUCUGCCGGUGGUCAAGUCUUGGCACAAGGAUCCCCGCAACUUUACUGGUUGUGUAUAGUCUUUCUCGGUUUCGAUGUGUUCUUUGUGGUCUUCUGUGUCGCGCUGGCUUGUGUGAUUGGCAUUGCUGUUUGCUGCUGUCUACCAUGCAUCAUUGCAGUUUUAUAUGCUGUGGCCGAUCAGCAGGAUGGAGCAACUAAAGAAGACAUUGAACAGCUUACCAAAUUCAAUUUCCGACGGGUCUGUGAUACUGACAAGCUUGCGAGUGAUGAAGUCCAAGGAAAUGUCGGGGGAGUAAUGACUGAAUGCGGCACAGAUACGCCCAUCGAGCAUACUCUGCUACAGGAGGACUCUGAAUGCUGCAUUUGUCUGUCGGCUUACGAAGACGGGGUAGAACUAAGAGAACUCCCUUGCGGCCACCAUUUCCACUGCGAAUGUGUAGACAAAUGGCUCUUCAUCAACGCCACUUGCCCUCUCUGUAAGUACAAUAUCCUCAAGAGCACCGACUCCCACGCAGAUGAACAAGUCUAAAGCUCUCUCCCACUGUAAUUUUGUUAGGCAUUUAUGCUUCUGCCAAGAACUCCUGUGGCUGGCUGGCUAUCUAUGUAUAUCUGUACUUUUGCUUCUUGGCGUGAAUAUCUUUGCCAUUUUUUUAAUGAAUGGUUUGUACAAUCUCUUUUUUC